GGACGGCAAAGGUAGUGAAGUUGGUGAAGUCUCGUGGUCGCUGUGGUUGCAACGCUGGGCAGUGGAGCACAAUGUGCUCUAUGCUUUCGUCUUCCAGGGUACAAAGCGGGCAUGUAGUGUCAAGGUUGGGCGUGUACCUCGCCCGCAGCAGUCGGGUUCGCAGCAUGCUGCAUCUGGCCUCGCACAGAAGACCGCUUCCCUUUGAGUUCUCAUACAUCGGCUCCUUCUCGAUCGCUUGUUUUGCCUUACUGUAGAGACUCAAAGCGGGCUUCUCUGUUGCUGUCUUCCGCCAGCAGACACUUUCGGCCUCUUGGACAGCUUCCCGGACCUUCGCUCUCCUGUCCCGCUGAGGUUUCUCCGUGAGUCGGCAUGGUGCGACCCCGUACCGCUCGGCCAGGCGUUUUGUGCGUAGCACCCGCCUGGUGUUAAUGCACUUUAGAUGGAUGUACUUGUACACCUCACGUGCCCAACGACCGUCUGGGAGUUGGCUCAGUUGUCGCUCGUAAGCGAGUUUCGCAACUGCCUCUCGUGCCUCAAAGGAGGACCAGCCCACCUCGCCCUGCACCGCCUCAUUUGGUACGCCCCUGUGGACCCCCAGUGCCGCCCUACCUGCCUCCCUCUGACGUAUUUCCAGGGACUGACAUGUCCCGGAGGACAGGCAGAGCACACUGUUUGCAAAAGUAAGGGCUGGGACAGCUACUGACUUCCACAGUUCUCUGGUGACCUCGAACUUGUUAAAAGCCCAGAGUGCCCUGGUGUUUAGAAAGGCAUGUUUCCUUAUUGCCUUGGGCCUGAGUUCAUUCUCAUAGUGGAGUGCGUAAUGUGGUGCAGCAGACAGUGUUACUCCCAGGUACCUGUAAGUGUUUGUCCACUCUACAGGGUUUCCCUGGAGGAUGAGCCUGCUUGCAGUGUAUUGCGUGUGGUCCUCUUGGCUCACCACAACCAUGCAUGCUGACUUUGCGGGGUUGAAACGCAGACCGAUGGCCCGUGCUUCCUCUGAACAUAUGUCCAGCAGUUGCUGCAAGUCCUUUGUGUUGUCAGCCAGUAGCACAGCGUCGUCGACGUAGAAUAAGGCCGGCAGGCGGCGUGGGCAGAUCACUCCCUGAUCCCAGUAGGUGAGGUUGAAGCCUGUGUCACUUUCCGUGAGUUUCCUCUCCACGUCCACCACCAGUAGCAUAAAGAGCAGUGGGGAUAGGGGGCAUCCCUGUCGCAGUCCUUUCGAUAUUUUGAUCGGUUGUUUCACAUUGCCCUCCCAAUAGAUCACAGCCUCAUUGUCUGCGUACAAUGCCUCGAGGAUUUGUUGUAGGUUGGUGGGUAGGCCUUGCUCCCUUAGCACUUCCCACAGUAGUUGGUGCUCCACUGAGUCAUAGGCACGUGAUAUAUCGAGAAAAGCCAUCAUUAGGGUCCUUUCCUCUCUCUCUGCGAUCUCAAUAGCCUGCGUCACAACAAACAAGUUGUCCUCCAGGCAUCGUGUUGGCCUGAAGCCGUUUUGCAGUUCUCCGAGAACCUCCUCUGCCCAGGUCUCAAUGCGUCGUCGCAGAAUGCAGCAGAAGAGUCUGUACAGCACAGAAGUGACCGCGAUGGGUCGAUAGCUGUCUAGGUGGUGUUUAUCACUGCCUUUUUUCAGGAUGAGCCGAAUGCGUGAGUGAUUCCAGCUUUUGGGGAUUUCACCACUCAGCAGUACCCGGUUGAGGACAGCGAGAAGCAGUUGGCGCGCGGUUGACCCCAUCUUCUUGAGGAGCAGUGCAGGUAUGCCGUCCAAUCCUGCAGCUGUGCUGCCAGACAAGUGCUUAAUGGCCCGUUCAAGCUCUCUCUUUGUGAUUGUAGCGCAUGGGUGUAGCGACAUUUUGGGCUCAGGGUCUGUGCUUUUUAUUUCAUUUUCCAGAGACUGGAAUUCGGCACUGAAAUGUUUCUCCACAAGUCGGAGGCAUUCCUCUUCAGAGAGUGCGCGUCCAGUGUCUGGGUCCUGUAUGCCUGCCUGGGUCUAAGGCAAUGUUGGUUGCUGGCUGCGUAUAUAUAGCCAGAACUUCCUGGCAGCGUCUUUUCCCGCCUUUUUGAUGUCUUGUAGGAGGCGAACAUUUAUUGCCCGCAUUUUCUUCUGUACUACACUGGCCAUGUCUCUUUUCGCCUCCGUGUAUGCCUCGCACACCUGCAGGAUAUUAUCUUCCGUGGCCCCAUUCUGUAGUGCAUGACGGUGUGCACGGCAUGCUUGCUUACGCUUGAACAGGGCCUCCGAGACCUCUUUGUCCCACCAUGCUUUGCGGCGGUGUUUCUUGUUUGUUUUUGUGGCCGGGCUUGAUGCCUUUGUGGCAGAAGUAAUGUUGUUCACCAGCCAUUGCUCAAAGCCUUCAUAUUCAUCCGUGUCUACCUGUUCCACAGAGCUCUCCAGUGUUUCAACCAGUUUGUCUAUGGCCCAUUCUGGUAGGGUGUGAGGCCUUACUUUUCCCUCUAUUCCUGGUAUUGGUCGACAGCUGUUACUUAUUUGUAACCAUAUACUAUUGUGGUCACUGCCCACACUUUGGGCACUUGUCGUGUCAAUGGUCAUGGCCACUACACGGGGAAACAGCGUUGGGGAAACUAGGCAAUAGUCUAUACACGUUUGCUUGUUCGAAACUGCCCACGUGGUUUUCCCAUCACACUUAUCGGUGGUGUUUAGAAUCACUAGCCCCCAUUUGUCAGCCCAGUCCAAGAGGUACCUUCCCAUUCGGUCCGUUUUCCUAUCAAGGUCCUCGAUGUGGGCAUUGAAAUCCCCUAUGAUGAUGGUGGGUAGUUCAAUUGCUUGUAUAUCCUUUUCCAUACAUCGAAGAAUCUCCUGGUUUUUUUGGUAGGAGUCUGCCCCUGUCCACAGGUAGACCAGUCCAAUUGCCAGUUUCAGGUUUCCCAUUCUGCCUGUCAUCCACAUAUGCUCUGUGCAUUCCUGUAGGGUCCUUUCCCACUGCGUGUCUGAAUGGUACAUAAAACCCAUGCCACCUCCUCGUCGUUCACUAUCUUGGCGGUUUAAACCUGUCCAUGCAAAGCCAGCAUGCUUUGAGCGGUAUUCAUCAUUCCGUAGGUGUGUUUCUGUCAGGCCUGCUAUUUCUAUGUGUCUUUCGUCAAAGAUUUGAUAAAGUUCCUGCCAUUCCUGUUCUCGUCUGCCCCCCUGCAUGUUCAGGUAAUAUAGUGUCAUAUCAUGCCUUUUGUUCCUGCGUUGUCUCCUUUUCUUUACCCGACCAUGGUUGUCACCUGUGUGGAGGGGAGAUUCAGGUUCUUUCCUCGCUUGGGCUCUUGUACUUCGUUUUCUUUCUGGCCCUUUGUCUCCCUGAUUGCUUCCCCUCUCUCCACAAAGUGAGAUGCGGGUGUUUAGUUUCUUUUCACUGCAUUCCGACUCCUCCAGGUUCUCCCUGGGUCCUGUUCCCAUGCCAUCUGUGUGAUGGUGUGCUCCAACGCUUUCAUGAGCAGGGCAGCCGGGUUUAUGCCUCUGUUUUUCCGGCUCCGUGUAUAGUUGGGUUUGGCUGGCCCUAAAAAAGCGCCAAUCCUACGCCCAAGUCGCUGCCCCAGCUCCACUGCUGUGUCUUCACUGUAGAGGUCAUUGUGUAACUCUUUGUUAGUUACCCAGUUUGUGUUUGCAAAUUCCACUCUGGGUCCCAAUUCUCUGCAUAAUUCUUUCAUCCUUGCGUUCCAUUUCUUGCACUCGUUCUGUAGUGAUGGGUUCUCUGAGGCCCAUUCCGGUACUGCGUACACAAGGAACUUGUGUUUGUCAUUUCGCCGGAGCCAUGAUUGUAGCCUGUCAUGUAGGCUCUGAGCUAGGCUUUCUGUUGGGGCAUUGCCCAUGUUGAGGUCUUGGGUACCCGCAUGCAACGCGAUAAUAGCUUCUGCUGUGCUCCAUACACUGUUCAUUUUCUCCACUGCUUCACAGGUCUCUUCCAGUGUUACCUCUUUUUUUGUCCAAAACCUCACUGCUUUCUUCCAUCUGGUGGCACGGAGUGUGUGCGGCUUCAGUCCAUACGCAUUUGAAUCCCCAAAGACAAAAAUCCGUCUGUUUGUUUCCGUCUGCACUUGUUUCUGGUGCUGAGGGCAAGAUUGCCAGAUCUUUUGUGUGCUGCUUCCCUGCAUGCUUCGACCAACGUAUGUCAUUGACUUGGGGGUGAGGGGGUCGUUAGCGCUACCUGUUUGGGCCAGCUCUUCUUUUCUAGGACAUGUGGCAGCUUUUCCCUGUCCUUUGUUGGGGUUCUUCCCGCAGUCUGUUUCUAUAUCAGCUCUGGUGGGAGAAGUCUCGGUGCCAUCCGCCGGUAGGGCUGUAUUUUCAUGGGGGGCGGUUUUGAUCCCCAUACUGGUGGGCUCCCUCCUGUCCUUGAGCUUCAUUGGUGUACCGUUACCUGCGUCGCCCGCUUCCGUUUGGUUCGCGGAGGUGGUAAGGUGCUCGGUGCCUUUCUCUGGCCUGCCACAGCAGCAGUGUUGGGAGGCCUGCACUGCGUCUAGCUUCGCCUGCAGGUUCUCUCGCACUUUCUGUUCCUCGCCAAACCUGUCCUCCAAGGACAGGCGUUCCGCCUCCCACUUUGCUACUUUUUCGUCCAGUUUCGCAGUGAGGUUUGCCACCGCGAGUUUCCAGUUUUCGGCCUCCUGUUUAAUCCGUCUGGUGAAAUCGGCUUGGAUAACAUCCAAAAUCUCGCAUCUCUGGCAUAAGAAGGUCACCGCUGCCACGGCCUCUUCGAUGGAUGUAAACUGGGUGUGCUCCAAUUCGAUCCAAGUCUUGCAUCGCGAACACAUCACCCAUGGAUCAUCGGCCCUCUCCACGCUCUUUGACCGUCGCGCCUGCCUUGCCUUCUUUGAUGGGGCCAUGCUUUGAUGGACCUCCUGUGUUUUCGACGGACACGCAAACAAAGCACUUCGCACACCCACGGUCACCAGUGUUGUAUCACACUAUAAGCGUUGUAUCUCGCAGGCAAUGUUAUCCUGCAGCAAAACAGAUACAUUAAGCUUGCUAGCUACACGAUCGCAUACUACAAACGACCGGGCGCUGCUCGCGGGUGCACCAGUGUUGCCUGACUCUGGGGCCGCUCGCGUGUUUAUAAAAAUAUUCGAUUAUAAAUUAAGUGCUCUACCAAAUGCGCUACAAUUUCGCCAGCUUAUUUGUGAAUGCACAAGGAUUAAUUAACAUAACGCAGAUUAUGAUGGAAAAUUGCGUGUCAUGGCCCCUUUAACACUUUCGUGACUGCACCUAUUCCCAUCGAUAGUAUGUUAUCGAUGACUUCAAGAUCAAGUUUGGGCACUCUCUGAGCGGUUCUGGACAGCUAAUGCAAUGCAAAGCAUAAAAUAACAUGUUCUUUAUCAGCUUUGUUUGCGAGUUUGUUUUUUCCACCGCGGGGAGAUUUUUAAAGCUCGUUCGCAGUUGGGUAGGUGAGCGCUCGUUGUUUCAGACUUCGUGUCGAUGCCGCUCGUGGGUGCUCCACAGAAACGGCGAAUUUCGACGGAUUCCGAUUAAUAUGAGUGGGAAUCUCUGGAUGAUGGUAGCACCACAGACACGGAAGACGACUUCGAUUCGCCAGGCUUCAGUACGGACGGCGAAAGUGCGUCAAACCUCCCCGGAACAUCAGCAGCUAUCCACCGGUUUCUUCCCAAGCCAGUGCUACUCGCACAACCAGUGCAUCGAAAUGGACGAGCAUGCCCUGUGCGUGAGCAACGUGUGUGACUGCGAAAACGGCUACCAGAGGGAGCUCAUCUACUGGAAGUACGUUUGCAGGCCAGAAAAAUCGGACAAGAGCCUUAUCAUUUUCAUCCUGAGCUUCACUCUGCUCCUACUAAUUAUUGUACUGCUAUAUAUUGGGAAACAUUACGUACAGUCAGAAUGUGCCGGACCACCGAACCCGCCCUGCCCAGCGUCGUCAACCAUCACCGGUUUCACGGGUUCCAUCCAGGACGCAGACAGUCCAGAGUGGGAUUUGGUGGUGAUACCCAGGGCCGUAAGACCACCGUCCCCCGUGCUACCCUCCAAAGAGGACUUGCCUCCCAGCUACGAGGAGGUGAUGCGGUACCUGUCCCAGCAGUCGUCGAAAAGAUGACGUUCACACCACGAGGCAUGGAGGCGUGCCUAUCGCUGACCAGCAGCUCGGGAUCUUGCUGCACAACAGCAGCACUGCACUCGCCGUAUCCUGCGUCCUCUGGUUGUGGCCGCUACGCCUAGCUUUCAGCAGUUGGUUCAACUGCCUGGAAUUGGCGAAACGAUGGGCAAGGAAAUAACUGACCCGUCUUCCCUGCCGCCACCCCCAACGCCAACGCCAACAUCACCUCCACCACCGUCGCCAUCACCAGAGCCUGUAGAACUUGUCCCGGCAUUUUCGAACAACUCUCGCUCUACAGCCACUUUUUCAACAGCGUCCGCGAGGGGACGCUUCCAUCGCGUCUGGAUCCGCCAAGAACCGGCACCUACUCCUACGUUACCGCAACCUACAACGUCACCGGUGACAGCUACUAACAUGGCGAGUUCCGUUUGCACCACGCAACGGCUCAUACACGAAGAAACCGUAGAGAUCGAACCCACGACGUUCCUCAUCGCGAACACACGUGACGCUGUCAGGAAUAACAACCAUGGGUGCUUGAGAUUCGAUUUUAGGUUCUAAGUGCCGACACCACUUCGGAAGCAAGAAAAAACAACCAGCUGAACUCACAAGUUCAAGGGUUUGGUGUUCAAACCUCGUAGGGUUUUUGUUCAUUGGUGUGCACGUGGUCAAGAGAAGCUGCUUCAGUCAGUACACGAUGUGCAGUGUCCUCAGCGAAUGAGUGUGGGAGAACUCUUGCUUUGAGGAUUACAUGAAGGUUAAUAUCAUUUGCCAAUGAACGUGAACCAACGCGCAGCCAACAACGUCCCUACUACAGAUAUUGCCGUUUUUGGAACGAUUACGCUCAAGUCAUUGCUGAGCUUAAAUUAUGAGAAUAAUUUGUGUAAUGCGCAGGUCAUGCUUACAAGUGUGACUAAGUUGAAACAAAACGCCCUGCGCAUUAUGGUCAUGCCUGACCCCAGGUGAUCUAAAUCGCUGGCUUUCCCCUCUUUUCCAUCUGCUCCUUUUCAUGCUAUUCUGGAGCACCACCCCAAUUUCUUUUGUCUUCCGCACAGGGAUCAUUAUCAGUGUUCACGAUUUUAUAUUUGCGAGGUAGCCAGUCACGUAUACAUAUAUCUCAGCAUACCUAUAUAACUAUAUCACCUCUAAAGCCAACACGAAGGGCUCAGCGUUUGUUUAGAGCUUACUGUCUUCGUUAGCGCGCCAACUCAGCAUGACACUUCGCAAGUGUAGUACGCAAAUGUUUACAAGUGCUGAGCCCAGCGGACUGCUGGUUGUUCAACUGUCGCCUCGAUGAGGCGAACGUAACUUCGCUUACAGUGUGUGGUGAGAGAUCGCGCAGGAAUUUCUGCUGGUCGUAACCUUUCAAGAAAUGUCGUUGAGCCUUCCAUAGUAUCUUUCGUAGCUAGGCACACAUGUACACACAAUGUCUCUAAAGAAAAUUCUUACAGACGUCUGUUAAAUGCGCUUUAAAAGACAAAAGGGUUCAAGUACGACAAAUGUAUUGUAAACCACCAUCACACGAGGCGCGUCCGUUAUUCGACGAUCCGAGAAGUAUCAAGUGGGUGGUGCAACCGAAAUGUUGUGAUGCCACUAGGUAACCACAACGUGGUCAUUGUCACUAAUCCCAAAAUAAAGCUUUAAGCUAAGAAGCCCCAAAGUUCGGUCACAAGUGUGCUGCAGUGGUUCGAAUCACUCACUGUGGUUUCGAUGUCUCCUUUCAGGCGAGUUCUGAAAGUUACGUGAUAAUGAAGUGUAAAUCAUUGCUAUGUGAUAAACGACCACUAAAUGGGCCAGACCUAAAUUUUGUCAACGACUGAUAUGCCUCUUGCGGUGGGAGGUGAGGCGAUGUGGUUUUCAAUUGAGCAACACAUGUUGAACAUGCGAGUAAAACCCAGAUGUUAAUUCGCAUGGUGCUGGUCUUUUGUUGAGUUCUUUUGUCGUGUGCGUUACUGAAGAGUGGUCAGGAGUUACUUUAGAGUUUUUAUUGUUGUUACAUGAGUAACAACUCAUGGAAACUUCAGCUCUUUGGAUAUGGCAGUCGUCAUCCAUUCGUAAAAGCUCUCUAACGACAUUUGCACGAAAUGUACUUAGUUCGGAUCUUUCGCCGCGUCAUGCAGAUAAAAGUGUACGUACAUCGCCGAAAAAAAGAGCCUGUAAGCAGAGGUGGCGAAAUAAGUAGUCAUAAGUAGAGUCGCACGCUAGUGUAGAGAAACUGGCGAAAUCGAAGCUUGUUCAAUGGGAGAGGCUUGGGCAUUUUUAAAAUUGCAGAUAGCACAAAAUAUACAUAAAUAUUUACUUGCAUACAUAACAGAGCGUUGUUGCGAAAUUAGAAAACAAUAUCAAUUGUGCCUUUACCACUGGUUAGAGCAUUGGCUUAAGGAAAAAUGCGCCACAUGGUUUGCAAUUAGUAAUGCGCCAACGUUUAUUAGCAUCUGCGCAGUGAUGUUCAAGGGGCCGUGUGUGGGACUGAAUACGUCUAGCAUUAAGUCAUACCAUCUUGUUUCAUUUCUGUCAAAAUCAGGAAGAAGUCUGGGUAUGUCUUGAAGCGUUUAAGGCCGUCUUGGCAACACAGUUGUUUGGCCAAAUUUCGUCUUGUCCCCUUAACGCAUAUCAAAGAUAUGCUUUCAAAUAAAGUUGUGCUCAAGUGUCAACAACAGUAACUGCUGAGGGCCUCACAUCUAUACGCCUAAAGUACGUGUGUCUUUGGGCUGUUGUUGCUACACAAUAUGGAUAUUUCUUUCCGUUUUCGCAUACGAGAAGAUCAGACACCUGGUCUGGUCAGCGAUGUUGUUACAGACCUGCUUAAAAGGAACAUGACGGUGGGAAUUGAAUCUGAAAGAAAAUAGGUGCAUGUGCAUGCGGCCACUCUUACGUGCGCAAGAGAAGCGUGAUACAUGUGGUAUGAACAUCGGCCUGCUACUGGCAUGGCGAGUUCAUGAUGUAAACAGCAUGUUACGCUAUCCCUUUUUCCUCUACUAAAGAAGCACGCAGUCCAGUCACAACGAAGGGGCCCUAAGGAGGCUUGAAGAUAUCAAUAUCAAUAAUAUAGAAACUUGAGAGAAUUGGUAUAUCUUCAUCACGCGUAAAGUGCAGCGCGCACUGGGAACGACAGACGAAAGAGUAGAAGCAAACAGUACUACUGCUGACUCAAGUGAAAUUUUAUUGGAAAAGAAAAUAUAAAUAUCUAGAAUCAUCACAACUAUGUGGGCAAAAACAUCGAAAAAAUAAAAAUACAGAAGAGAACUGGACAAGUCGCACUUU